ACCAGUUGACAAACGAUUGGGUAAAUCAAUUAGUUAGGCUUAUUAAUGUUUCAUAUUUUGUUCAGGUUAAAGAAUGUGUGCUUGGGUUCUUUGUUGAAAACGUACACUAAUCUAUAAAUGAAACUCAAUUAUGUAUUGAAUAAAAAUAUACAAAGGCUUUCAAUUUACGAUAGUUAGUCAACUUGAAAUAAGUGCAAUAAGUUAAAAGUAAAAUAACUUUUUAAUAGAAAUUCUAUUCUUUUGUUUGUUUUUUUGGGGGGAAAUAUCGUAAGUGGAGCUUAUGAAUAUUGUAAAUUUUUUAUAGAGGUGCUUAGCUUAACUUGAAUGAAACUAAAGGGCGUAAAUAAAGAAUUACGCUAAGCCACUUGUUAAUUUUACAGUAUUGGUAACAACCUGUUUAACAACAAACAAGGAUCAUUUGACUUUGCUAGUGAAACUGAUUUUAAAAUUUGUAUGAUAUACAAAUACAAUUGAGUUGGCAGUGAUAACGACUAAUAAAGAACUCGUACAAACGGCAUACAGAAUCUCAAGUUGUGAAGAGUUGAAAUCGAAUUGGAAGUUUGUGAACUAUGAUGCUUUCUUGAUGACAAUCUGACAAAGGUUAAAAACUGCAAUCAUAUCACUGAAGAAUUCCUGUUAUGCAAACGUUAAAGCUCUGGAUAAGAAUGAUCUUCCGACAGUGGUAUAAAAAAUUAGUUAUUGCUGCCAUUUUCGUCUUGGGUUUGUAUUGCAGCCUACAACUUCUAGAUAGUGGCAAACAUAAAUUGCGACAUUCUAAGAACACCCAGACAACUCAUCACAGCUCUGAAAGUCAUGGCAUUGUGGAAAUAGAUCCUGAAAACCAAAUACCAGAUAACCGGAACUUGUAUAAAGUACCUAAAGAAGAUAUUCAUAUUGACAUGUGUCCAGCCUGCUUUGGUAAAGAAAUUUGUACUGAUAUUGAAGCUGGUUUGGUGGAAAUUUCCAAAAAUUCAAAAACUGAGUUCCGUGAAUUAAUUAUGAGGGAAGCAAGUUUACAUAAGACUGAAAAAGUUGUAGUUUCUUCUGUGACUGAUGCUCUGUGGAAUAAAUUUGAUAAAUUUAUUUGUCAAAAUGCUAGUAAAAGUUUUCCUUGUGAUGUAUCUGCAGCUAUCAGCACAGGUUAUCUAACGUCCAACCAAGCUUUGACAGUUGAUGGACUAAGAAACUUGUACAAAGUAUUGGACAAAUCAAAAAGUGAAGCUGUCUUACCUAUUUGUGCUACAAAUAAACUCAUACAUGAAUUGAUAUCAACAUUUGAUGGGAAUGGGGAUCGCCAGCUGAAUCAAGAAGAACAAGGCCAUCUAAUGACUGGCUUACUUCUACAUCCGAGCUAUGUUGUUUUAAAGUUCCAGGAUGCAAUAAGCUCCAAUCUGCCUCUUCCUAAUUUUCAUGGUACUUGUGGAAGGCUGGCUGUUUGGGAAGGUGGUAUGACACCUCUUAAGGAUCAUCUUCAAGAGUCAUUCGAGGAGCGAGCUGGACUCGCUGCUCAGUUGCUGCAGCUGGUGGAUGAUUUUCAGAACGAAGAUCCCAAUUGGUACUUCUUGUAUACAGAGUUCUCUUACAAUAGCUUUUCAGUUACAAACGAAGGAGAAGUCUUACUGACGGAUCUACAAGAUAUGAUUAUUAUAGACAAAACAUUAUUUACUCAAGCAGUGGGCCCACAUUCAACACAGAGUGAGAGACUAUGCAAUGAAAUGUGUUACCAAAAAUUCACAAGAGACAUCAUGACAAGUGAAUAUGUUACAAAUGUAUGUUCCCAGGUGAAACACUAUGGACAAUUAAUGUUUGCUAUAGUUUGUAAAGAGAUUCUUUCUGAUCUGGAAGAGCACAAGACAGGAGGAUUCUUCAACUAUGAUGGCAAUAAAGUUCACCAAAGAUCAGAAUAUCGUGGCCUCCUCCAUUCACCACCUGAAAAGGAUAAAGAUAAUAUUGAAGAACUCCUGCGAGACUGUGUACAAGAGACAUUAGCUGGAGGAAGAAAGCAAGCUGUGGAAGAGUUACAGGAAACUUUAGAUAAAUAUCUUACUUAUAAUGAUAUUGAUGAUGAAAAAAAUGACAAGAAUGAUGAUGAUGAAUCUGAAAAAGAUGAAGAAGAAGGAAAUGACAUAGAAAGUGAGAAUUACUGAUGCCUAUUGGAUGGGACAUUGUCAUGUUUUAGUAUUGCCUUAUUGGGAAGUACUGAGAGGGUUUCGAGGUUAUUUGCACAUGAAGUAUGUUAAACUAGUUAUGUCAAUUUUACCUGUAAUCUUGAAAUUUGUUACUGUGUUCAUUUGGUGUAAUGAGCAUAUUUUAUGUGUUAGUUGAGACUUGUGGGAUACCCCUCUAUAUCUUGCUCUGUUUUGUGGUUUUCUUUUCUUUCUUUUUUAACAACUGUAGACCACAGUCUGUGGUAUUUGAUUUUCAUUCUGAUCUGAUGUAUAAAGUAUUAUUUAUACACAAUUUUUGCCUUGUUUCAUUACAUCCACUUCUUUUUUUCUUCUUUUUUUUUGUGGCCGAGGUACAUAUGGAUGCUGUCUUAAUACUCAUUUUAAAUGUAUUUCUGUAGAAACAACCAUUGUUCUUGUAUAGCAGUUUUCUUAGCUAUAAGGUAUCAGUUUGAAAUAUUUUCUCUUUUUUUAGUUUGU